AUGAAAGGCAUGAUCCCUCCCUCGUCCACCACCUCAAAAGUCUAUUCAGGUACAUUUGGUGUGUUCGAUCUCCCACGAGCCAUAGCGGAUCUUGAAGUAAGCUGUAGUCAGAUGAUACUAGAUCGGCAAGAUUUACUACGUCAGCAGCAAGUCACGAGAAACAAAUAUUUCCCGGUGCAGAUGAUUGAGAAGCCGGUCGACAUACCUGAUUCAGAGAGGAUUAUAUCGCCGCCGAGAUCUUUGAAUCGUGUUUACGUAGCGGCAUUAGGGUUGACAGCUGAGGGAUCAUACCAAUUGUUGAAGGUCAAGAAGCAAGAACUGCAGAUUGAGUUGGAGAGAUUGGAAGCGGACGUCAAGCGCUGGGGCGGCAUUUAUGCACAUAUGUUAUCCUCUGAGUCCGACUCCGGGUCCGAUUUCCAGUAG